UGAAAAGGUUCCGGGAGCCUUUGGGCGUCCGACGGCCAUGGAGGAUCUGGUUUUUUGACACAUCCAAGCAGGCCAUCGGAGCUUUGUUCAUCCACUUUGCCAACGUCUUCCUGUCCACGCUCACCGAAGAGGACCCCUGCUCCCUGUAUCUGAUGAACUUCCUGCUGGACGCCACGCUGGGGAUGCUCGUCAUCUGGGUGGCUGUGAAGUUGGUCUCCAGACUGGUGGAGAUCAAGCAGUGGAGUUUGCUUCAGUUUGGAGAAUAUGGGGACCCUCCCCAGGCUGCAGCGUGGCUCGGUCAGGGUGGCGUCUACCUGCUCAUCAUGGUGCUGGAGAAAGGUGUGAUCAGCCUGGUUCUGCUCAUCCCAGGAUGGUCCAAGCUGCAGGAGGUGCUGCUGAGCUACAUCUCCAACCCUCAGCUGGAGCUGGCGCUGGUCAUGCUCAUUGUUCCAUUCGUCGUCAAUGCCGUCAUGUUCUGGGUGGUCGACAGUCUGACCAUGAGGAGGUGCAAGACCAGCAAGGACGCGUCCGAGAAGAAGGACGAGUCUCUGCCAGCAGGGGGCGGCAGCGAAGAGUCUCAGGUCCUGCUGACGGAUGAGACGGACUCAGAAGAUGUGGAGGAGCAGCAGUACUCGGGUGGAGCACUGAGACCCAGCUGGGUGACGCUGUAAACCCAGAACGGUUCUGCUGCUGAAGGUCCUG